UACUGCAACUUGCAACAAUCUGCGCUACAUAGAUCAGUUACAUUAUACUUCGUCCGACAGUCUCGUCGAGAUGACGGAACAAGUGACACUUGAAAAAGCUAUCGGCAUCGUUCGGCUGAGCAUAGCUCUAACGUUCUGUUGGCCGCUUCCUCCGCACAGCAGCAGAAAAAAACUGUUCGUUUACAAAACUGCACAAUUAUUCGCGACAAUCAGCAUUAUCUCUCUGCUUCUGCCACUGUUGUUCGCGAUGUACAUACAAUCGGACAAUUUCGAAAUGAUUUCGCUGGGUCUCAGCCAAGUAAUAUUAACGACGCAAGGUAUCAUUCAGACAAUUAUAUGUUCCAACAAUCACGACACACUGCAAUGCAUAGUCGAAGAAAUGUACGUUUGCGUGAAAGAGGUGCAGCAAUACGAAAGAGAGAUUUUCAACACAUACCUAGAGAGAUGCAAUAUCAUUUACGCAAGUUACAUAAUCGGCGCUUACAUGACGGCGUCCAUUUAUUUGUGGGGACCUAUAUUAUUUUCAGUGGUCAACAUAGUGCACACUGAAUAUCCAUUCGAUACUAAUCGCACAGUGAUAAGUGUUAUGGUCAAAGCGCAUCAAAUCGUCGCGUUCUAUCAAUGCAGCUCGCACGUGUGUCUGUGCGUGUUCGGAGGGCUUUUAAUUUGGUUCACGGCCGCUAGAUACGAGUGUCUAGUCGUGGAAAUGCAGAAGAACACGAACAUUCGUACGCUGACCAUGUGCAUUCGGAAACAAUUGCGUCUGAAAAGAUACGCGGAAGAUGUACUUGCAUGUUUUCGUUACAUGGUACUCUUUGUUAUAAUAAUCACUACGUUUCUUAUGACUCUAUGUGCUGCCAUGAUGGUUAUGAAUACACCAAUAAUGGUGAAAAUCAUGUACAUACUCCUCAGUAUGUACUAUCUUAUGUACCUUUUCAUGUACGUGUGGCCAGCUGAUAAUAUGAAGGACAUGAGUUUAAGCCUUCCAACCAGCAUGUACAGUCUAACGUGGUAUGAACAAACGAUACGAAUGCAAAAGGACAUGCUGAAUGUGUUGACGUAUCAAAAACCAGUGACUCUUUCUAUCAAAUGUGUGAUGCCAGAACUAUCCUUACGCUAUUAUUGCACGAUGCCGGAACAAGUGACACUGGAGAAAGCUAUCGACAUCGUUCGGCUGAGCGUAGCUCCAUCGUCCUGUUGGCCGCUUCCUCCGCACAGCAGAAGGAAAAAACUGUUCGUAUACAAAACUGCACAAUUAUUCGCGACAAUCAGCAUUAUCUCUCUGCUCCUGCCACUGUUAUACGCCAUGUACGUACGAUCCGACGAUAUGGAAACCAUCUUGCUGUGUCUCAGCCAGGUGAUAUUAACGACACAAGGUAUCAUUCAGACAGUUAUAUGUUUCACCAAGCAUGACACUCUGCAACGCAUAGUCGCGGAAAUGUACGAUUGCGUGAAAGAGGCGCAGCAACACGAAAGAGAGAUUUUCAACACAUACCUAGCGAGAUGCAAUGUCAUUUACGCAAGUUACAUAAUUGGCGCCUACAUGGCGGCGACCAUUUAUUUGUGGGGACCUAUAUUAUUUUCAGUGGUCAACAUAAUACACACGGAAUAUCCAUUCGAUACUAAUCACACAGUGAUAAGUGUUAUGGUCAAAGCGCAUCAAAUCGUCGCGGUCUAUCAAUGCAGCUCGAACGUGUGUCUGUGCGUGUUCGGAGGGCUUUUAAUUUGGUUCACGGCCGCAAGAUACGAGUGUCUAGUCGUGGAAAUGCAGAAGAAUACGAACAUUCGUACGCUGACCAUGUGCAUUCGGAAACAAUUGCAUCUGAAAAGAUACGCGGAAGAUGUACUUGCAUGUUUUCGUUACAUGAUACUCUUUGUUAUAAUAAUCACCACAUUUCUCAUGACUCUAUGUGCUGUCAUGGUGGUCAUGAAUACACCAAUAAUGAUGAAAAUCAUGUACAUACUCCACAGUAUGUACUAUCUUAUGUACCUUUUUAUGUACGCGUGGCCAGCUGAUAAUAUGAAGGACAUGAGUUUAAGUCUUCCAACGAGCAUGUACAAUUUAGCGUGGUAUGAAAAAACGAUACGAAUGCAAAAGGACAUGCUGAAUGUGUUGACGUAUCAAAAACCAGUGACUCUUUCUAUCAAAUGUGUGAUGCCAGAACUUUCCUUACGCUAUUAUUGCACGUCUUAUCGAGAUCAUGCCGGAACAAGUGACACUGGAAAAAGCUAUCGGCAUCGUUCGGCUGAGCUUAGCUCUAUCGUUUUGUUGGCCGCUCCCUCCGUACAGCAGCAGAAGAAAACUACUCUUUUACAAAAUUACGCAACUUUUCGCGACAAUCAGCAUUACCUCUCUGCUCCUGCCACUGUUAUACGCCAUGUAUAUACGAUCGGACGAUAUCGAAAUAAUUUCGCUGUGUCUCAGCCAGGUGAUAUUAACGACGCAAGGUAUCAUUCAGACAAUUAUAUGUUCCAACAAGCACGACACUCUGCAACGCAUAGUCGAGGAAAUGUAUAUUUUCGUGAAAGAGGUGCAGCAACACGAAAGAAAUAUUUUCAACACGUACCUAGCGAGGUGUAAUGUUAUUUACGCCAGUUACAUAAUCGGCGCUUACGUGAUGGCGUCCAUUUAUUUGCUGGGGCCUACGUUGUUUCCAAUGGUCAACAUAAUACACGCGGAAUAUCCGUUCGACACUAAUCGCACGUCAAUAAGUAUAAUGGUACGCGUGCAUCAAAUCGUCGCGUGCUAUCAAUGCUGCUCGCACGUGUGUCUGUGCGUGUUCGGGGGGCUUUUAAUUUGGUUCACAGCCGCAAGAUACGAGUGUCUAGCCGUUGAAAUACAGAUGAACACGAAUGUUCUCUCCGAAAUAUUGGCAAAAAUCAGUGAAACAGUGGACCUAAUAAUACAUUCACAUUCACACACUCCAAGCGACUGUAUUUUGCUGCAGAUACGCGGAAGAUGUUUUUACUUGUUUUCGUUACAUGGUGCUCUUUGUUAUAAUAAUAUCCACGUUUCUCAUGACUCUAUGCGCCGUCAUGGUGGUCAUGUAAUCCUGAAAAUGAUGUACACAGUCAACAGUGUGUACUAUCUCAUGUAUCUUCUCAUGUACGCGUGGCCAGCUGACAACAUGAAAGAUAUGGUAGAUCGUUUCUAUAGAAAUAGUUUAAGCCUUCCGACGACUGUGUACGAGUUAAUGUGGUACAAACAAACACUGGGAAUGCAAAAGAACUUAUUGAACGUGAUGACGUAUCAGAAACCAGUGACACUUUCUAUCAAGUGUGUGGUACCAGAACUCUCUCUGCACUAUUACUGCACGUUCGACGACAGUCUCAUCGAGAUCAUGCUGAAACAAGUGACACUGGAAAAAACUAUCGACAUUGUCCGACUGAGCAUAGCUCUAUCGUUCUGUUGGCCGCUUCCUCCGCACAGCAGCAGAAAAAAGCUGUUCGUUUACAAAACUGCACAAUUAUUCGCGACCAUUAGCAUUAGCUGUCUGCUUCUGCCACUAUUAUACGCCAUGUACAUACGAUCCAACGAUAUCUCAAUCAUUUCGCUGUGCUUCACCCAAGCGAUAUUCAUGACGCAAGUUAUCGUUCAGACAGUUAUAUGUUCCAGCAAGCACGACACUCUGCAACGCAUAGUCGAGGAAAUGUACGCUUGCGUGAAAAAGAUUCAGCAAUACGAAAGAGAGAUUUUCAACACGUACCUAGCAAAAGUCAAUUUCAUUUACGCCACAUACAUAAUCAUCAUUUACGGAGGGACGUCCAUUUAUAUGCUGGGCCCUAUAGUAUUGCCAAUGGUCACCGCAGUACAAGCGGAAUAUCCGUUCGACACUAAUCGCACGUCAAUAAAUAUAAUGGUACGCGUGCAUCAAAUCGUCGCGUGCUAUCAAUGCUGCUCGCACGUGUGUAUGUGCGUGUUUGGAGGAUUUCUGAUUUGGUUCACCGCAGCGAGGUUCGAGUGUUUGAUUGCAGAGCUGAAAAAUAACGCGAUUGAUCGUACGUUAUCCGCAUGUAUUGACAAACAGUUACAGUUAAAGAGCUGCUUUAUGAAUGUGCUGCUUCCAGAUUCCAAAGUAUUGGCGAAAAUCCGUGAAACAGUGGACCUAACGAUACAUUUACAUUCACUGCACGUGCAACUUGUGUUUUCCUCCAGAUACGCGGAAGAUGUGAUUACUUGCUUUCGUUUCACGAUACUCUUUGUUGUAGCGGUAUGCUCAUUCCUCAUGACAAUGUGCGCCGUCAUAAUGGUCACGAAUGCACCGAUAACUGCGAAAAUGAUGCUCCUGCUCCUCAACAUGUGUUUCCUCAUGUAUCUCUUUAUGUAUGCAUGGCCAGCUGAUAACAUGAAAGACAUGGUACAACACGUACGUAAGAAACAAAAUGACAUCUUCUUAAGACUAAUUCGAAUUUUCCUCGUUCGACUCGCAAGUUCGACAGUCUCAUCGAGAUCAUGCCGAAACAAGUGACACUGGAAAAAGCUAUCGACAUCGUUCGGCUGAGCAUAGCUCUAACGUUCUGUUGGCCGCUUCCUCCGCACAGCAGCAGAAAAAAACUGUUCGUUUACAAAACUACACAAUUAUUCGCGACAAUCAGCAUUAUCGCUCUGCUCCUGCCACUGUUAUACGCCAUGUACGUACGAUCCGACGAUAUGGAAACCAUGUUCCUGUGUCUCAGCCAGGUGAUAUUAACGACGCAAGGUAUCAUUCAGACAGUUAUAUGUUCCAGAAAGCACAACACUCUGCAACACAUUGUCGAGGAAAUGUACGUCUGCGUGAAAGAAGUGCAACAACACGAAAGGGAGAUUUUCAACACAUACAUAGCAAAAUGCAAUGUCAUUUACGCCAGUUACAUAAUCGUCGCUUACAUGGCGACGUCCGUUUAUGUGCUGGGGCCCACAUUGUUUCCAAUGGUCAACGUAUGGACCUAACGACACGUUUACAUUCACUGCACGUGCAACGUAUUGUAUUUUCCUCCAGAUACGCGGAAGAUGUGAUUACUUGUUUUCGUUUCACGGUACUCUUUGUUGUAGCGUUAUGCUCAUUCCUCAUGACACUGUGCGCCGUCAUAAUGGUCAUGGUAAGUAAAACAUUUCAGAAGAGACCAAUAACACGUUCAACAAAC